AUGGCUGGAAUAGUUUUGAAGUACAAGAUUCCUCAGUUUCAGGAGUAUACUAUUCAUGUUCAGAAGUAUAACAAUGUUACCAAUUCUUCUGAGCUACGAUCCAAAUUGGCUGAAUUACCUUUUGCAUACAUCGACUCCAAAACUGUGAUAUCCGUUGAACAAUUGUCGAGUGCCAUCUAUAAGGCUAUUUUGGAAACAGAGUACAAUAGAAUGCGGACAAGAACUAUCCAUUCUGAAUGCAUUUUAUCACUAUCUCCUAGUUCGAACAUUGGCGAUGCAUUGAACAGAUUUGGUAUAAAGGAAGGAACAACUGAUAUAAUUGUGAUCAAAAUCAUUGAAGACAGUAAUGAAGAACCCUAUGAUGGCAAUGCUUCCGUUGAUGGGGACCUAGUUCCAGUCUCGGAUGAUGAGUUUUCUACAUCUGCCGAUAAAGAAAUUAUCAAAACGGUAUGUAUUCCUUGUGAUAAGUUAUGA